AUGAUGGUGCCAGUCAGCAUUGCACCCAGCAACCCUAGCAAACAAGCGAUAGCUUAUCUCUCAGGAUCUAUGAAAAAACCGAACCAGAAGAACUUACCAGAGAAUCAAUCUAUCCUCAUAUCCAACAAUCAGUCUAAUGUAAACACCAACAAUCAGAAAUUGUUCAUAACUCCAAUGAACAUGCCUAAAAUUCAAAACACUAAGUUCAUUUUGCCUGUAACAUUGCCUGCAACAAUGGCUUCCAAAGGACCCAUUAUUAAUUUGCAAAUAGCUAAUGGGCAAAUACAAAAUGAUCCACAAGGAAAUAUUACAGUAAUGAGAGACACUGCUUUGGAUUCCCAAGACAUGCCACCUUUGCAACCACUUGGAAAAGUUAUUAUGAAUGGCAAAGAUGUGCCACAAAGCCCAAAAAAUGAUAAAGCUUUUACAUUGUCAAUACCUGGGUCAAGAGCAGAACCAACAGGUGAACAGGGAGAAUAUACACUGUCAAUACCUGAGACAAAUUCUGCCAUGAAUGACGACAUUUAUACUGUGUCUAUAGCAGACGACGAUGGCGGCCAUAGAGAGAAAUCAUUUACUCUAGCUAUACCAGAGAAAGGCAAGAGUUUGUUAAAUAGAAACAUGGUUGAACGACAUGAAGUAGGGACAGUUAGUAUAGCUGCACCUGCGAUUUUACGACGAUCAAACUCUGACAACAGCGAUAGAAAGACAGCGAAUGCAAGUAUGAAGCGCCGCAUAUCCUUAUGUGCAGAAAACUUAUCUAACAGGAAUAGAAUGCCAUUGCCACUGCCAUUACCCAAAAUCGAAAAAAUUGAGGAUCCAGCAGAGCUGAAAAUAAUGAUGAUCAUCGUGUACCCUCCCUGUUCUGUGAUGAAAAAUUGGACAAAGAUCUAGAGGCUAAACAUUUGGAUUCAGAUUCUGAAGAUUAUAAAGAAACUAAGCCUGAUAAUCUCAAAGAGUCAAAUACCCAUGAAACAUACUACCCUAAAAUUGAGGAUUUCAGUAAAAAUGAUACCAAAGAAGGCAUUUUAGAAGAGGAUCCCCCAGGUCUUAUAUGGAAUAAUGGAGUUGCUAGAUUACAAGGCAGCACCCUUCAAUUUCAGACCAAUGAGUUUGGGCUCAUAGACUUGCUAGAUGGCAGUGAUCGGGAAGAAGUGGGUAACCAUUCAAAAUACCAAACCCCGGCAAAGCCACGAAACAAAAAACCCCUCUCUCCUGAAGAUUUGUUCCGCUGUGAAUGUUGCGGCUGUCAUGGCAUGGCGGCAGAGUUUAUUACCCCCACGUUCUGCAGUGCUGCCUGCCAGACUGAAGUAGAGAAAGCCUUACAAAAGAAAAAGGAUAGGGAACGUAUUGACUUGGUAAAAAAAAAGAAUAAAAUUAAGAAGUUGCUGAUGAGGAAGCAACUGUCAGAAUCUGAUAUUCCUUCAGAAGCUAAAGAAGACAAAAUAUUGCUAAAGCAUUAUGAUUCAAUGCCAGCUGACCAGUUAUCAGAGGCUGCAUUACUGAAAAUCAGCGAGGAUUUAGUGGAGAACGAGAAGUACCCCUGGAUGUGUGGAAAGAAUGGCUUCUCAUGGAUGCGAUACCUCGAUAUUUGUAAAGCAAAAGCUGCUCCUGUUAAACUCUUCAAGAACCCAUUCCCAUAUACUAGAAACGGAUUUAAAGUUGGAAUGCGACUGGAAGCGAUAGAUCCACAGCACCCUUCACUGUUCUGUGUCGUUUCUGUUGCUGAAGUACAAGGAUACAGGAUACGACUUCACUUCGACGACUUCCCAGAUGUCUAUGACUAUUGGGUGAAUGCAGACUCUGUGGAUAUAUUCCCCCCGGGCUGGUGUGAAAAGAAUGGGCGGUCGUUGAAGCCGCCGGGUAAAAUGUCUUCGUCUAGUUUCACGUGGCCGCUGUAUUUGAAACAGUUGAGAGCAGUCGCCGCACCUAGGAACUUGUUUCCACAUAUAACAGCUGCGGUGUUCAAACCACACUGUUUCCGUGUGGGUAUGAAGUUGGAGGCUGAAGAUCGCAAGAAUGACCUAGUAUGCGUGGCGUCCAUUGCUGACGUCUUGGACAAUAGGAUGCUGAUCAACUUUGACUCUUGGGAUGAAAUGUACGACUUCUGGGUGGACCCGACCUCACCCUACAUACAUCCUGUAGGAUGGGCUGAAGAAAACGGAAUCCCUUUGACGCCGCCCAAUUUUUACAAAGAUCCUGACACAUUUUCGUGGGAGAACUAUUUGGCGGAGACGGGAGCAUCCCCGGCACCAUCACGCGCCUUCAAGCCUCGGCCGCCCCAGGGAUUCAAGCCUGGCAUGAAGUUGGAGGUGGUGGACAAAAGGGUGCCUUUCCUCAUCCGAGUGGCUACGAUCAUGCUGUAAAGGGCCACCAAGUGCAAGUAUCUUUCGAUGGAUGGCCAGAAGAGUUGGCGUGCUGGUUCGAUGACGAUUCCCCAGACCUGCAUCCAGUUGGUUGGUGUCUCAAAACAGGACAUCCGCUAGAACCACCACUCACUGCAGAAGAAUUGCGGAUUGUGGGUCCUUGCGGCGUGGGUGGAUGUCGCGGGCUCGGGUCUGUGCGUGGCGGCGCGCACAAGCACCACGCGGCGGCCUCAGCCUGCCCCUACCGAGAGCCACCAUCGCGCGCGCCCGACCGCCUCGCCGAGCGGGACGCUGACCACGCUCUACCUAGGGAACGCAGACCAAGAGGCAGGCCCCCGAAACAUAAGCGCAUUGAAGAAGUUGCCAAGAAUGAUCCGGGUUCGGACGACGACUCACUGUCGAGUGGUGGCGGCAAACGUUGGCGCAGCGGUCGGUCCGACACACGCACGCUGCGCACGUACUCGCGCGCCUCGCUGUGCGCGCCCGACCACGCCUCGCGCGCCUCGUGCGCCCCCGCGCCGCCGCCCGCCCCGCUCCGCGACCAUCUCGCCACUCACCUCGCCGCGCACCUCACAGCACUCGCGCUACCACAUGAUCCUACUAUUUGGACACAGAGCGACGUGGUGGCACUGGUGAGUCGGAUAGCCGGGGAGGCAGCGGGCGCGGCGGCGGCGGCAGCGCGGCUGUCUGGCGCGGAGCUGGUGAUGGCGUCGCGCGACGAGCUCGUACAAUGCGUGCGCCUGCGCCUGGGGCCCGCCGUCAAGAUCUACAGCGCCAUACGACAGCUCCGCGAGAACUAUACGUGA